AUGAUUUUAGACUAUUUAUUUUAUCAAUCUAUCCAAUCCAGACUUCAGAAAGCAUUUGUUCAGGGCGAAAUAGCUGAUAAUAAUGCUAUCGAGUCGGUCAUUGAUGACAUAUUAUCAUCAAAUCAUGGCAAGAAAAAGGAUGCCAAAUUCGAACAAAGACUUAAUCUUUGCCAGCUGACAAAUUUAACCAUUGGUCGUACGCAUCAUGUGACAUUUUCUGCACCUUCCUACACCAUGCCUACAACGAUAAGACGACCUCAUCAUUAUUCAACCACACAUUUAUUCAACACACCGUUUCAGGCACUUUAUUGUCGUCGACACAGACGGUCGCAUUGUCCUCAAGCCUCUUGUCUGGUCAAGGGAGGUCCUGGACUAGCAGAAGCGAUUCCAGCCUUUCUAAAGACCAGUGCCAAUAUGCUACGCUCGGUACUGGAUAGUGAACACAAUGACGAUAGGAAACCCUUGCUAGUAGCAGGUCAACAAGUCAUGGGCGGUGGUAUGCCACCACGAUGGUACGAUUUAUUUCUUGAUUUGUUAACCCAAGCAGCCAUCCAAAGCUACAUGUGUGAUGGCAAAACAGGUCUCGAGACCAUUUAUGAGAUUUUCUCGUAUGGUUAUGUGGAAGACGAAGACGAAGAAGAUCAGCUUGAAGAAGAAGAUGAAGAAGAAGAAGAAGAGGAAGAAGAAGAUGAUGUAUGGACAGUGAAAGCUUCCGAUCAUCAUUUACUCUUUCCAAAGACAAGAACCAUGUUUCUAUUCAAAAUGCAAUUUCUUCAAAUAAAACACAACGAUUUAAAUAAGCAUUUCAUGGAAUUGGAAAAACUCUAUCCACUUGUAUAUUUUGAACGAAACAUGUGCGAUUUUAUUCAAAUGCUUUUGGAGGAGAUGGACAUACCUGCAUUAGAUAAGUGUGACACUAUACCAGAUAUAACAAGUCCAUUAAAAUCACCCGAGGAUUUACCCGAAAUUCAAUUUAUCCCAAGUCUCUAUAAAUACCCCAAUGACGGUUCUCUCUUGAUGCCCGAAAUACCUGAUACUGUACAUGAAGAAGAAGAUACCCAUUCAAAGAAACGUCCCGCCUUUCAUUCACAAGAUGGAAAUCACAAGAAAAUUCGUCACUUAUAA